UGUUUUUCUUUUUGUUCUUAGGUAGAGCAUCAUCAUGUCAUCGCCGUCUAAACAUCGGUCUAAAAGACAGACUCGCUGUAAGCGCCUGCUACACAAACGGCUGCCCAUAACAAAAUGGCUCCCGGAAUACAAUUCAGAGAAGGCUCUGGCAGAUUUGAUUGCGGGCAUCACAGUGGGGCUUACGGUGAUACCACAGGCUCUAGCGUAUGCGACACUGGCUGGGCUAAGUCCACAGGAUGGUCUCUACUCGUCAUUUAUGGGGUGUUUCGUCUAUAUAGUAUUCGGGUCCUGCAAGGACAUAACCUUGGGCCCGACGGCGUUGCUGGCGCUUAUGACAUACCAACAAAUACAGGGCAGGAACAAUGAUUAUGCGGUGCUACUAUGCUUCUUGUCUGGCGUAGUACAACUUAUAAUGGGAAUAUUACAUUUAGGUGUUCUGAUAGACUUUAUAUCAGUACCGGUGACUGUUGGUUUUACCUCAGCCACGUCUGUCAUCAUCGCUGUGUCGCAGCUUAAAGGACUUUUAGGUCUCCAAUUUAGAUCUGGUGGUUUCAUAGAUACAGUUAAACAGGUGAUAACCAAUAUUCCAAAUGCAAGGAUAGCUGACAGUACCUUAGGUAUAUCUUGUAUUGUGUUACUUCUAGUUAUGAGAAAAAUCAAAGACAUUAACCUGCCUCCGAGUGCGAAAGGUUUAAAGAAAACUCUUUGGUUGCUGUCGACGUCGAGAAACGCGAUCGUUGUGAUAGGCUGCUCCUUGGCAGCUUUCUUCUUCGAGAAAUACUCCACACAGCCUUUCAAACUAACAGGGACUGUUAAAGACGGUCUUCCCUCCAUAAGACUACCUCCGUUCUCCACGGUGUUGGAGGACGGGCGCGAGGUCGGCUUCAUCGAGAUGUGCUCAGACCUCGGCUCUUCUAUAUUCAUAGUACCUGUUAUCGCCGUACUCGGCAACGUAGCUAUAGCUAAGGCUUUCGCGAGUGGGGAGUCAGUAGAUGCGACACAAGAGUUAAUAACUCUGUCUUUGUCGAACAUUUUUGGUGCGUUUGCGGGCGCCAUGCCGAUCACAGGGUCCUUCUCCCGGAGCGCUGUCAACCACGCGAGCGGGGUUGCCACGCAGUUCGGCAGUGUUUACACAGGUAUUCUGGUGUUGUUGGCGCUCAGUCUUCUAACGCCGUAUUUCUACUUUAUACCAAAGGCGGCGCUAGCUGCCGUCGUGAUUUGUGCUGUGAUAUUUAUGAUAGAAUAUGAGGUAGUGAAACCGAUGUGGCGUUCUCGUCGCGCGGACGUCGUGCCUGCAUUAGCGACGUUCGCUCUUUGCUUAUCGGCCGGAGUAGAACUAGGCAUUCUUGCUGGAGUCGCUGUCAACGUCAUGCUGUUACUGUACCCUAGUGCCAGGCCGCAGUUAGACGCCGAGAUCGUCACGAACUCGUCCGGCUUCAGCUACGUGCUGGUGACCGUAGGCAACAGCCUGUACUUCCCGGGCGUGGAGUACAUCCGCCAGUACGUGGAGCGCGCCGCCAAGAAGCAGGGCGGCUGCAGCAUGCCCGUCGUCAUCGACUGCCGAUACGUGCUAGGCGCGGACUUCACGGCCGCGAAGGGCAUGUGCGCGCUGUCGGGGUCGCUGUCGUCGCGCGGCGUGCCGCUGGUGCUGCUGUCGCCGCGCGCCAGCGUCGCCUCCGUGUUCAGCGGGGCCGGCUCUAAUGUGGUCGUCGUACUCAAUCAUGCUGAACUAGACUCUACUUUACAUAGUCUAACAGGUCAAAUACCCUUACCAAUACUAAGUUCCAAAGAACUAACUCCGCCUCCGAACUACGCGUCGCUGAAACAGACAGACGAUGACGUCACAGAGAUCGUGAUCGACGAACAAAACAACGUGCCUUUGUUAGUCAAGAAUGGAACGUUGAAGUCUCACCACAACGAGGUCAAUGACACGUGACGGUAGUGAGGGUACUUUAGGUAUUGUAUUGUAGGUAGACUUAUGUUGUAGUGGUUUUGAAUAAAGUACUUUUAAGGCUGUUUUGUGCAUAACGUGUAUUUUUAUGUUGUAACAGUAAACUGUCGCAGAUAUACGAGAUAUGACAGUUUGAGACGAAACUGCCUACUUAUUUUCUUAAGCAUUUUUGUUGAUAUUUUAGGCGACUUAUCACAACAGGCGGAG